CUUCUGCCGCCACCGCCGCCACCUCCCUCCCUUCCGCCGGUUCCAUCUCCGAUGGCCGCUCCGCCGCCGGCGCCGCAGUCGCCGGGCCCCUCCGCUCCGCCUCAGGAGUCCAGCAAGUCACGCAAGGGAAAGAAGAGCCGUGGCGCGAGGAAGCUUAAGAGAGCCGCCGCCGCCGCCGCCUCGACCUCCUCGGCGGGGGGAACGAUGGUCGACGACCCCUUCCUCGUACUCGCCGGCGGCAAGGAAGGCGGCUUCCUGGAGCUGGAGGAGAUCGACGAGGCAGACUUCGGGAUCUUUGGAGGUGCCGUGGAGGAGGUAGGAGAAGGUGACAGGAAGGCAGGUAAGGAUCAGAAGAAAAAGAAGAAGCGGAAGAAGAGGAAGAGAGGAGAUGAUGACAAUGCUUUACCUGGUGAUGAUGGUGAUUUGGUUGUUGAGUGUGAGGAAGGAGAGAAGGGCGAGAAGAGGAUGAAGAGGAAGAAGAGGAAUAGCAAGAAGAAGUUGAAUGAAAUGGAGGAGAAUUUGGAGAGCAAGGAAGAUGUCUCGGAUGACAAUGUGGAAGAUUUGCAAGAUGCCAGUGACGCUAUGGAACAAGAUAACAAUGAUGAGCUGAUUUUGGGUGAGGAUGAAGUUUAUGCAUGGCGAGAGCUUAGACUGCAUCCUCUUCUUAUUACAGCAAUGCGCAGGCUUGGAUUCAAAGAACCAACACCAAUACAAAAGGCUUGCUUUCCUGCCGCGGCUCAUCAAGGCAAGGAUGUUAUUGGUGCAGCGGAGACAGGUUCUGGUAAAACACUUGCUUUCGGACUCCCUAUCUUGCAACGCCUUCUUGAAGAACAAGAAAAGGCGACAAGAUUGUCUUGGGGAGAUGAGAGUACACAAGACAGAAAUUCUAGAGAAAGUCCACUUCGUGCUCUUAUUUUGACACCUACCAGGGAGCUCGCGAAACAGGUCUGCGAUCAUCUACAAGAAGCUGCCAAAUUCUUAGGAAUCCAAGUUAUUCCCAUUGUUGGUGGUCUAUCCAUGGAAAAGCAAGAACGGCUUCUGAAAAGGAAACCUGAGAUUGUUGUUGGAACCCCAGGAAGAUUGUGGGAGCUUAUGUCGACAGGCAACCAACACCUACUUAAGUUACAUUCAUUAUCAUUCUUCGUGUUGGAUGAAGCUGAUAGAAUGAUAGAGCGAGGCCAUUUCCAUGAGCUGCAAUCUAUCAUUGAGAUGUUGCCAGUAACUAAUGGUUCUGAUGAACAAGCUGUGGGGACCAUGCCAAGUUGUGAAACUGUGCCAAUAUUGCAAAUAAAGAAGAGACAAACAUUUGUAUUCUCAGCAACACUUGCUCUCUCAGCUAAUUUUCGGAAAAAGUUGAAGCGAGGACUAGCAACUUCAAAGGCAUCUGUGCCUACUGAUUUGAGUUCUAUUGAAGCACUUUCGAAGCAGGCUGGUAUGAAACCUAAUGCAGAAAUAGUUGAUCUGACGAAGGCUUCUAUCUUACCUGAGAAACUCGAAGAGUCUUUUAUUGAGUGUAGUGAUGAUGAUAAGGAUGCCUACCUGUAUUAUAUAUUGAGUGUCCAUGGACAAGGCCGCACGAUAAUAUUUUGUACAUCAAUUGCUGCAUUACGCCACCUUUCAUCUAUAUUACGUGUUCUUGGAAUUAAUGUGCUGACAAAUCAUGCUCAAAUGCAACAAAGGGCUCGCAUGAAGGCUGUGGAUCGAUUUCGCGAAAGUGAAAAUUCAAUUCUGGUUGCAACUGAUGGCUUUGCAAGGGGCAUGGAUUUUGAUGAUGUCCGAACUGUUAUUCAUUAUCAAUUGCCACACUCAACUGAUGUUUACAUCCACAGAAGUGGAAGGACAGCUCGGAAAUCAAUGGCAGGGUGCAGCAUCGCACUAAUCUCUCCUGGGGACAAGGCCAAGUUUUACACUCUUUGCAAGUCACUGUCAAAGGAGAACCUCCAGCAGUUUCCUGUUGACCAUGCUUACAUGCCUGCAGUAAUGAAUAGGCUCACCCUUGCCCGGCAGAUUGACAAGAUUACACGUAAAAAUUCACAGGAUAAUGCAAACAAAUCGUGGCUUCAGAGGAAUGCUGAAUCCAUGGGAUUAGUAUUGGAGACAAGUGACAGUGAGGAGGAACGUGUACAGGGACACAAGCAAAGGAAAGCAACUUCUGCACACCUCCAGAAGCUUCAACAGAAUUUGAGUGAGCUCUUGCAACGUCCCUUGCAACCAAAGACUUUCUCACGGCGCUAUUUAGCUGGGGCUGGUGUUUCGCCGUUACUUCAAAAGCAACUAGAGGAGUUGUCCAAAAGGAAUAUUAAGGGCAGUGCUGGUGUAAAUGCAAAUAAAGGAUCCCGAUUUGUUGUUAUUGGUCAGGAUCAAAUAGAACCCUUGCAAGCUCUUCAGAAUUCUGGGCAACAGGUCUGUGUGAACAUUGACAAGCAAAGAGAAAAGCGAAGGCUUGCUGAAAACUGGAGGCGGAAGAAGCAAAAAGAGAAGAAAAGUACACGAGAGCAAAAGAGAAAGGAGAAGAGGAAAGCUAAAGAAAGGGAGUAAAUAACAUCGUAAACAGGAGACGACCGAGGGGUUAAAGGCAACAAGAACUUGCGAACGUUCUCCAAUAUUCGCAUAGAACUCCGAAUCACUGAAGCUACUACAUUGUUACCGUCAGGGACAAGUUUUGGUCUUUUGGGUGUUGUAUAUCAUCUUUUGCGACUGAAGAUAGGAGUAUGUUAGAGUGAACUGUACCAGCAUCAUCUCCGAGUUUCUUUACGAGGAUCAACAAGACUUCUGUGGCAUGUACACUCUAAACCCCUCGUAUAUUAUUGAUCUGCUGGCUGGAUGAAAUUUUUACUUCAACCACAUAAACGUGAAUAUAUGAAUGAUGGAGAUGACUUCGUUUGUGAUCAUCGGUCAACAUUUCAAAAG